AUGGCCAGUGGACUCGCCCGGCCGCUAGCUGAGGUACUACUGUACACUGUACACGCAACGCAAUCGCGACGAGACCCCAGCAGCCCAAUCCUUUCACUGUCUAUCGAAUUGAGGCCAGUGGGUAACUUUGCUGUUGUCAACAAUCGCUACUGGCGGCGAUGUUUACUCAGUCCUGCACCACGAAGAAGCCUUUGUAUUUUCCUCUUUUCAUACUGGAUUAGCCUGCACACUGCCUCAGCUGGCCUCAUGAGCAGCAGCAGUAACGACCUGCACCACCGCUACCACCGCCAUCUCCUUCCGUUACAUCCACCACCACCACGCGCGUGUCGACUUUGA